ACUUCAUUGUCUUAGGUGAAGAGCCUCAGAUUCGAUUGACUCUUGCAGAACGCUUAGGAAAACGGAAGCCUUCCAUAGAGAGUGGUCUUCCCUUAAAACGUAGCCUGGCUGAAAGACUUGGAAAGAAAAUAGAUAUCCUGGAGAAUGCAGACACAUCACCAAAGAGAGUACAAGUCCCCAAAUCUCUUAAAGAGAGACUAGGAUUACCAUCUGAUCAGAACAACAUGGAAACAGAGAAUGCUACCAAGCCAGCAGUAGAAAUCCACGUGAAAACGCUUGAAGAAAUCCGCUUGGAGAAAGCUAGCCAAAGAAAGGGACACAUUCAGCCUAAACUCAGAGUUACAGUAUCUUGCACUGCAAAUGAUUCCAUUCCAGGGGCAAAACCAUCUCCUGCCAUCAGGAUCAAAACUUUUUCUGAAGUCCUUGCUGAGAAAAAGCAGAGGCAAAUGGAAGAGGAGCGGAUUAAAACUGAAAAAGAGAGUCUUUCCAAGUUAAAGCAUGAUUCUGAACCCCAGAAGCAGGGCUCUAUUGUUAUUGCACCUGCAAAAAGAAAACUGGAGGAGCCUUUUGGCAAAGCCAAGGACUUGGGGGAAGUGCGCAUCAAAACAUUGGAGGAAAUCAAGAAGGAGAAAGCUCUUCGAAUGCAGCAAACUGUGGACAGCACUGUAAAGACACAGCUGCAGGCUGAGAGAGCUCCAGCUGAGAGGAGAUUGUUCUGCAUUACAAAGCCAACAG